CCAGCCGUGGGACAGUGCCCAGGCGGUGCCCGGCGCUCCCUAGCCCCCGGGAGGCAGUGUGGGGUCCCGCUGACCCAAAAUAAAUAGUGUUCCCUGGCAGUGCCCCAAGGAUCCCCUGUGUGACACAGCCAGGCACGCUCCGUGCCCAGGAGCAGCCUGCCCGCCUGCCUAGGGCCGCAGGGAACCGGGCUGGCUCGGUCAGCCUGCCCGGUGUGCUCUGUGUGUGUGGGGCAUCGGGGCUGUGUGCCCAGUCCGUCCCCUGCCCGGUGCCUCGCUGAGAUACUGUCAUCUCGUCUCUAUUCCAGUGUCCCCUCCAUCAACCUGAGCGGCUGCAAGUACGACAGUGGUAAGUCAGAGGGGAGGGGACCCGCAGGCUCCCCAGGUGCUGCCCAACCAGGAGCACUGCUGGCACCCAGUUCCCACUGGUUUAUUUACUGCUGCCAGCCCUCGAGGGCCCUCGAGUUAGUGGGGAAUUUGUCACACUUUGGACUGAGAUUUCUCCCGAUUAAAAAUGUGCAACAGCAGCAUGAGCCCUGAACAUCCCCCACACUUGUGUUUGCCAGCUGUCUUGCUAAAAUAGGCAAGAAGGGUUCCAUCAGGUACAGUGCAAAGGAGCACCUAGGCUUGGAGACAGGACCUGAGGGUUGUCAGCUGUUUAGGGUGAAGCUGGUGGUGAACAGGCAGGAUCUGUACCCGGAGCCUCUCCCUGUGCUGUUCAUCCCUGGGGACCCCAGGGAGCUGGUCCACUCUCCCCUCCCACUCUCCUUCCACAAGCUGGAUCUUGAAAGAACAAACUCCUGGCCCUUGAGGGCUGUUAUUAAUCUACUUUGCUAAGGGAUCUUGGUGUGCAUGGAUGCCCAUCAGCCCUGCCAAAUUUAUAUUUGGCACUAGCAUGAACCAUCCCAGCAGAGACCUUUUCCUGCAGAGCUGUGUUCUGCUGAAAGACCUCUGAUUUGGGAGAUUAAAUUCACACCUUCACAACACUUGUAUCUGCCUGUGAGGUGUAAGACCCUUGGGAAGUUCGGUCCUGCUGUGGAGGGGCCCUGGCACCUCAGGACAGGUGGGAUUAGAGCGUUAAGAGUUCCCAGAACACUUGCAGCCAGAGGCUUGGGGGUUGGCCAGAUAAAACUGGUGUUCCUGACACCUUCCAAGGGGUCAUGCCAAUACGUUGUACCUCUGAGAGGGGAACUGCAGGCGGGAGAGCUGCAUACUCCAUCCCUUGUUAUUCUGGGCCUUUGUCAGCCCCUGUGUGUCAGCCCCUCGGGCAGAGAUGUGUUUCACACUCCCUCCCUGGUUCCUGGGGUUUGUCAGCCCCUGCCCGUGGCUCCCUGGCUGGCCCUGUCACUGCUUGCCUUGGCACAGUGCGGCGGGCGGCGCAGCACUGCGGGCUGAAGGAGGCGGCCGAGCACGAGGACUGGACGGUGUACUGGACGGACAGCACGGUCACUCUGGAGCGCCUCAUGGAAAUGAAGCGCUUCCAGAAAAUCAACCACUUCCCAGGCAUGAUCGAGCUGUGCCGCAAGGACCUGCUGGCUCGCAACCUGAACCGCAUGCUCCGGCUCUUCCCCAAGGAGUACAACAUCUUCCCCCGCACAUGGUGCCUGCCAGCCGACUACGGAGAAUUCCUUGCCUAUAGAUCCAUGAGGAAAGCAAGAACAUUCAUCUGCAAGCCUGACAACAGCUGCCAGGGAAGAGGGAUCUUCAUAACCCACCACCCAGAGGAGAUCAAGCACGGGGAACGCAUGAUCUGUCAGCAGUACAUCUCUGAGCCCUUCCUCAUCGAUGGCUUCAAGUUUGACAUGCGCAUCUACGUGCUGGUCACAUCCUGUGACCCUCUGAAGAUCUUUCUCUACAAGGAGGGCCUGGCCCGGUUUGCCACCAUGAGGUACAUCGAUAACAGCACGAGAAACCUGGGUGACAUCUGCAUGCACCUGACCAAUUAUGCAAUCAACAAACACAAUGAGAACUUCAUCAAGGACGAUAUGGUGGGCAGCAAGAGGAAACUGUCCACCCUGAAUGCCUGGAUGGCAAAGCACAACUAUGACACAUCAAAGCUCUGGGCAGAUAUUGAUGACAUUGUUAUAAAGACACUGAUUUCGGCUCACCCUGUGCUGAAACACCAUUACCAGAGCUGCUUCUCCAACCGCACUACUGGCUGUGCCUGCUUUGAAAUCCUGGGCUUUGACAUUUUGCUGGAUAGAAGGCUGAAGCCAUGGCUGCUGGAGGUGAACCACUCUCCCAGCUUCAACACAGAUUCUCAGCUAGACCAUGAGGUGAAGGAUGCCCUUCUGUGUGACACCUUCAACCUGAUCAACGUGCACGCCUGUGACAGAAAGAAGGUGCUGGAGGAAGACAAGCGGCGGGUAAAGGAGCGGCUCCUUCAGGCCAACCAGACUCCCUGGGAGUCCAGGCGCAAGGAGCAGGAGAGCAGCCAGGCUGCCUGGCUGGCACAGGCUGAAACCUAUGAGAACGAGCACCUGGGGGGGUUCCGGCGCAUCUACCCAGCACCUGGGACAGAGAAGUAUGAGCCAUUCUUCCAGCAGAGCAGGUCCCUCUUCCAGGAUACAGCAGCAUCCAAGGCAAGAGAAGAGUAUGCCAGGCAGCAGCUGGAGGAGAUGCGCCUGAAAAAUGAAAAGCUGGAAGCUAUCAGGAAGAAGAAAACAGAGAGCAAUAAAAGCACAGGUCCUACAACCCACCUUUCCUACAGAAGCACCAAGUCAUGGGACAGAAAGCGCAUACAGUACAACUCCUUGAAGCCCCAGAACAUUGUGGAACAUGAAGAGAAGAGGAGAGUGAAUGCUCUGCUGCUGCGUGAGAAGCAGAUCCGAGGCCUGGGCAUCACCGAGCUGCUUUCCCGGCUGCUCCCCGUGGCUGACACCCAGAGACCCUGUGUGCAGCUGCCGUUUCCCUGGGAUGUCUUCGGGGAGCACAACACCCACGAUUUAAUGAUGCUUUUCUCAUUCCUGGGAGUCCCAGCUCCGCCCUUGGGACACAGGGUCGUACCCAGCCCUACAGCCCAGGGUGUGCCACAGCACGUGCCAGGCCCAGGUCUCAAGAACACGGAGACCCUCUGCAUUCGAGGCCAGAGCAUCCCGUACCACGCGCGGCACAAGGGCCCCCGGGCGCAGGGCGGGGGCUGGCUGCAGGGCCAGGCAGUGGGGGCAGCGCUCCCCCAGCCCUGCGCCCACCCCAGGGGGCAGCAGCUGAGAGAGCAGUGCCUCCUUGGCACCGCAAGCCAGGCUGAAGGCUGUGAUGCUGGUAGUCUGUCAUCCUCCGAUGGGGGCAGCUGUCCCCCAGCUUCCCCAGCCAGCCCAGUGCAGGCCCCAAGUGACAGCAUCUUCAGCUGUGCUGUGGUCCAGGAGGCUCCCAUCGCCACUGCCACUCAGGUGCAGCGCACGCACGCCUCACACCAUGGCAGAGCCUCGCCGUGCCACUGUGUCGCACCAUGCCAGCGCCCCACAAAUUCACAGCCUGAAAAGCACAGCCACCGGUGAAGCCCUCCGGAGGCCACCUCGCUCAGGACCCGUCGGAAGCUCGCCUCCCCCGCCGGGGCCGUUCCUCC